AUGAGGAUUGAAUGUGAUGCAGGAAGCUACUCCAUAACCACGUCCCACUGUGAAGACUGCCCUGUGGGUCACUUCUCCGACGAUAAAGCAGCCUCGUGUGACCCCUGCUUCCCUGGUUCCUACACCCCCUACACAGGGUCCGCUAUGUGCAGACCCGCCCCAGCUGGUCACUACGUGGACUCACAGGGAGCUUCUGAAGCUGUGGUGUGCACUGCUGGAGGGUACUGCCCUGAGGGGUCUGUAGCUCCGACAGACUGCCCUGCUGGUCAUUACUGUGAGGAGGGUGUGGCUGUUCCGGCACCUUGUCCUGCUGGUACUUACAGUGACCUGGUGGCACUGGUGGAGAUGGAGCAGUGUAUUCAGUGUCUGGCUGGAAAAUACUGUGAACAAAGUGGAUCAAGUGAGCCUACUGGAGACUGCAGUGCUGGUUAUUAUUGUCCCUCUGGUAGUUCUUCUUCAGAGCAGGAAUUGAGUCCAGCUGGACACUACUGUCCUUCUGGAGCUGCUACACCCACACCGUGUCCUAAGAACACAUACGGUGAUAUAACAGGGCUUCAGUCUUAUGAUCAGUGUGCACCGUGUCCCCAAGGACAGGAGACAUUUGAAGAAGGCUCGACCUCGCUAGAUCAGUGUAAAGAGGUAAACUGUAGUCCUGGUUACUACAAAGACCACCACAAAGGCUGUCAGAUUUGUCCUAAAGGAACGUACAGUGAAGAAGAGAACGCAGCCACGUGCACAAAAUGCCCCGUGCAUCAGUACAAUUCUGUUGAGGGCUCGGUACAGUGCAUGAAAUGCCCUGACACUGCCUUUACCUGGUCAGAGGGUACUGACUCUUUUAGCGGCUGUAUCGGACCUGUUAUUGAGGCGUGUAGUGGGGAGGAUAUGACUGGAACUUGUGACCGUUACUAUGACGACAACCUUAAUGUGACCUCUAGAAUACUCUCUGUUCAAGUUAUCAAGGGAGAGUUUGAACUUUUCAAUAUUACUAAUCACAGGGGCUACUUCACUAAACUGACAGAAACAGACGGGCCAAUGAAUGUAGCUGAUAUUGAGAGCAUCGGUGUUCUCAGGUCCUUCUCUCCUUUGAUAAACGACGUGUUUUGCAGUUUAGAUCAGGGAUGGAAGUUCCAUGGUUCUAUCAGGAGUACCUCUAAAUCUGGCAAGGCCUGUAUAAACUGGAAGAGAACUCCUCUUGCAGAUAAAGCAGCUCCAAACCAUUACUGUCAGAACCCGGACGGAACUGAUCUCGCGGAUAAACCCUUCUGUUACAUCAGCGAGACAGAAACUGAAGAAUGCGACAUUCCCACCUGUAUCUGGAACAUGGACUGUUUCACGGGUAUAGGGGCCCAGUACCGGGGCAAGCAAGCUACCACCGACCACAACAAGAACUGCAAUAACUGGAACAGUGACUUUCCUCACCCGCACGGUUACCACUCUCCGGAGUACAACUGGGCUGGGGUUGGGGACCACAGGUUCUGUCGGAACCCAUCCGAGGAAGGGAAGCCAUGGUGCUACACCACUAACCUUCUCUGGAGGUGGGACUACUGCACUAUUGCCAGGUGUAGCCGGGACAGCUUCGACUUUUACCGGUUCUAGCUGCGGGUUAACAGAUCGAGUUUCGACUUCUCAAUCAGUUCACAAUUAAUGAUUUACUUGUUUUU